CCCUAAAAAUAUAACUAGUGUAGAAGCGUUACGCAAUUUAGAAUGUGAUUGAAUGCAUGGCGAUCACCAUCGUCGAUUGCAUAGAUUGUCAAAAUCGUAUGCACUAAACAUCAAAAUUUGUGUGUGGGAUACUCGUAAUCCUUCUCCAGCUUUCACGCAUUCCACCUCUACAGUUUUCACACCUGACAUGGCGUACCACCAUUGGCAUUCAAACGGACAGGGGAUUGCCGUAACCACAGAUAUCCCUGCUACCCGAUCACUAAAACCCCUAAAUUCUCCUUCCAAAUCACAGCAUUCAAACUGGGUUUCACUGGGAGUGGAAAGAGAGAGCCAUGAAGGAAGCAUUGGUGGUUUGCGGAGACAAGAAUUUAACGGUGGGACUGACGAUUUGGGACAUAGAAACAGGGGAUCAUCUUCUUCACAUACCCACAUGCGCUUCACAAUUCCAUGGACUCACUUGUUUGAGAAAUCGGUACUUGGUUGCCUCUCAAAUUCACCUCCCUGGCUCCGUCGCUGGCGGCGUCAUCUUCACCUGGCCUUUCUCUAAGCCUCGUUCACCUUUACGGAGUUAUACAAUUGAAGCCAUUGGGCCGAUUUCAAGCACAAAAGAUGGUAUAUAUUUGGCAGGUGGAGCCAUUUCUGGAAAUCUCUACAUUUGGGAGGUUAUAAGUGGUAAACUGCUCAAAACUUGGCAUGCACAUAAUUCGCCAAUAACCUGUUUGGCUUUUUCUAAUGAUGCUUCUCUACUUAUAUCUGGAUCCGAAGAUGGAAUGAUAGUUGUCUGGCCAAUGAUAAGUUUACUAGAUGAUAAAAACAUAGAAUCCUCUGAUUUAUCACUAAGUGUUUCAACUGAGCAUAAAUCCUUCAUAACUGGACUCUUACCAUCUUCAGCUGUCUCUCAAUCAGUUUUUGUAUCAAGCUCACUUGAUGGCACAUGCAAGGCAUGGGAGCUUGUAAAAGGGACACUUUUGCAGACUUGGUCUUUUCCACAACCGAUAACUGCAAUGGUUGUUGACCCUUUAGAGAGAUUUCUGUUUUCUGGAAGUGCAGAUGGAAGGAUCUUUAUGACCCCAUUUGAUGUUGGAUUGAUGAAGGAGGCUUCCUUUGAUUCAGAGGAUCAAAAAUUGGAAUUGAAUGGACAUAAGGAAUCUAUUACAGCAUUGACUUUUUGUAAAUCCGGUCUUAUUUCUGCUUCUGAGGAUUCUACUGCUUGCUUGUGGAAUGUUAUUGAGGGUGUGAUCAUUCGAAGAUUUAAUCAUCACAAAGGUAAUUAACUAACUACUAUUCCUUUAUUUUAGUUAAAGAAAGUUCAUGAUAUAGUUGUUAAGCAAAUAGGAAAAUUAGUUCUUAUAUCGAUGAAAUUUCUAUGCUUUCCUUUUCGGAUAUACCAUGAAAACUGAAAUAUUUUCUGUGGAAAAUUUUCUUGUUAUUUUUACCUAUAGUAACUACUACGAAUAAAUUAAUGGUACCAAUUUGGGUCUAUAAGAUUUCUUCAUUCUGUCUUUAUUGGAAGAUAUAGUGUUAGAAACCCGAAUUAAUAGGCAAUAAAUGAAUGCAAUAAUACGUAUAUGAUAUUAUGCUCACAACAUUAGUCAAAAGAAAAAUCUUUAACAAAGUAAAUUAAUAACUUGUUUGAGUAUGGCGAAUUGGUAAAGAUCCAAAUGAGAUAGAGGUAUGCCUCUUGUGGUGUCCCUAGAUAGAGAUUCACGUUCACCCAGACUUGUGAAGUAAAAAGGAACCUGAGAAGAAUAUUGAAUAUUGAUAUAAGGCAUAAGCAAGCUAUGAAUGAGCCCAAGGCCCAUCUCUUGACAUAUUAAUGUGUAUAUGGGAUCCAAAUUCAUCCAACACCAUACCAAGCCCACAAAGGCCAAUUUGUGGAUCGAUUGCAGUUCGAGAAGUUAUGCAAUCCACAUCAUACAGUUCAGUUUAGGUUUCAUGAUAUAUUAAGAAAAGUGGCCAACUGCCUCGCUUAAAACCACCUUUAAUAUUUAGGUUAUGUUUGGUACGCUACAGUUAGCUAGCUGAAAAACUAAUUUAUUUUUCGAGUUUUUUUAAGUUUUCAUGUUUGGCAAGCCAAAAAGUAGCUUAUAAACUAGUUUAUAAGCUAACUUUUUAAAAAGCUACUUAGACUAGCUUUUUAGGAGUUUUUUUAAAAAUUUCCAAAUAUAAUCCUUAAUUAAUUAUAAAAACACAUUCUUUUAAAUGUCCUUUUAUGUCACUUCAUAUUUUCAGUUAGUUUUACCAAAUGUUAUUUUUUAUCAGCUAUCGGCUAGCUUUUUAUUUAACAGUUAGUUUUUCAACUAAUACGCUAAACAUAGUCUUAAAGGAAAAAGUAGAAUAGUUGAGAUUCUUCUUCUCUCGAAUAUUAAAACUCUUGAUGAACCAAAUAAGGAAAAAUCCUGACCUUAUUUUUCUAGUGUUAAAAUGUCCAAGCUUUCAUUAGGUUUUCUUUACUCUUUUUGGGUUGAUUCAAACCUUUUGGAAGAGGGAGUUGAUUAGUGAAUAGUGUUAAUUCUUAUAGCAUUAACCCAUCUAUAAGUUCUUUUUGUUUUACCAAGGGAGACUAUCGCCCCUCAACGAAGGUUAACUUAACUGAUAGUGAUAGUGGUUCGCAAAAGUACCUAUGAUCGGCACGUACCAGGUCAACAUUACAUUCUCGUACCAUAAGCCAUAGGAAUGCAUACACAAUCGUUCCUUCUAAUGUUCUCUAUUUUGUACCUAUUGGCUAUGAGUCAUGUUCUCCCCAUUUGGGAACUCGAUUCAAACCAGUAUUGAACAUGUUUGAGAACGUCUAAUAAUCUAGUUCUACAAUGUGAUUGGAAACAAGAUUGGCAGUCAAUUAUAUUAUAUAUAAAGAUAUAAAGAAGUUCUCACUGAAUCAAUUGAUUUUACUAAAUCAAUUAUUUAUUUCACAAUUAGAAUUUAUCUCAUAAAAUUAGUAACUAUCUCUAUAUAUACAUGGCCGAUUUCUCUUGUCCAACACACAUUCUUCAUAGGAAUAAUAAAACAGUUGCAAAGCAUAAUCAUCAAAGAAAAUAAAAUUAAGCAUAGUCAUCAAGGAAAAUAAAAUUGUUUUUGGUAAAAGGAUGUCUGAUCAGCAUAAUGGAGAAUCUAGAGAGCAUGUUAUACUAAGUGAGAAUGAAGAUAGCAACCAAAAGAACAUAGAUGAGACUCAAGAUGUUCAAAGCCAAAGCAGUGAAACACAAUAGCCUACUAGUGCAAAAAGUAAACAUCAUUUAUGUUGCAACGAGCAAAAAGGUAGGGGUGUAAAGGUGUGGGUUUGUAAGCACUUUAACCAAAAAUUUACUAGUUCGUACACGAGAAUGCAUGUUCAUUUUUUUGGUUCUAUUCUGGGUACUAAAAGAUCGUGAGAAGUAUGAACGGUUUUUGAACAACGUCAAAGCUGAUUAAAAAGUUGGUGUGUAUAGUACUUUAAAAAACUUUAUAAUUAUUAAAAAACAAUCUUCCCUUAUUUUAAUAAACCAGUUGAAGAUACAUUUGGUGUAAAGGAGAGAAACGUUGUUGACUUGAAGAUUAUGAGAGGUCUUUGUGCAAAUGGUAUUCUGUGUAACGUGUUAUGCAAUCUUCAAUUUAUGGAGAUGGUAAGUUCAAUCAAUAAAGCACGUACUAGUUAUAAACUUCCCUCAAGCGUUAAACCAAGAACGGUUUUGCUUGAUAAAUGCCACAAAGACACCAAAAAGAUUUAAGACAUUUCAAUAAUUUCUGAUGGGUGGUCAAACGUCAAGCACAUACCACUUAUUAAUGUCAUUACUGUGAAUGCUUAUGUACGCGUAGAAUUUUUCUUGUAUAGAGAAAACAAGAAUAGCAACAACAAACUAUUUACUUGAGCUACUGAAAUAGUAGGACCAAACAAUGUCCUUCAAGUCGUGGUAGGCAAUGAAGCGAAUUUAAAGGCUGAUGGCAAGGAAAUUGAGGAGGUACAUGAAAACAUUUUUUGGUCUUCUUGUUGUGUUCAUACGUUGAGCUUGUUUUUCAUAGAUCUUGUAAAUGAGUUCUAAUGGUUGACAAAUACAUGUAAGCGAGGGGAAGUGAUUGUUAAAUACUUUCUUAAUAAAAAUCAUGUCUUCAUAAUUUUUAGAGAUAACUCAAAGUUUGAGUUUUAAAAAGUAGCAAAGACAAUAUUUGCAUCUAAUUACAUUUCGUUGAAAAGGUUAAUGGAUUGUAGAGAAACUCUUUCUAGAUAAUUGGAGCAAUAGUUGUUGACACUAUUAGAAAUGAAUAAUUUUGGGAGGUCGUUGAAAGCAGUUUAGCUCUAACAAAACGAAUUUUCUUUGUUGAUCAAAUUUGUGAUGGCAAAGGAUCAAAAUUUGGUGAAAUAUAUAAAAAAAAUAGACGUGCCGGGAGAAAUUAAAGAUGACAUGUCAAAUAAUAAAUACGUUUUUUACUACCCUCUCAACGUGAGAAAAUCUUGCUAGCUAGGUGGGAGAAGAUGACUCUUCCUUUACACCGUUUAGGCUUUGCUUUAUCUACGCGCUUCUGUGAUACACAUUAUCUUGAGAUGUUAGCACCCGGUGGAAUUGCUAGAAAAGCUUCUAAUUUAGACAAAGAAGUGGUACUCAAUUUAGAGAAGUUUUUAAAAGAAUAUUUGAAAGUCUAAGAAAAAGAGCAAACUUUACGAGAAUAACUGGCGACAACAAAUUUUCCAAGAAAAUGUUUUGCAACAUAAUUCAUUAGUCACAUAAAAAUGAUCACGUCGUUAGAUAGCCCAAUUUGUCCACCAUGUGUGUUGCGGCAACUUUUUUGCAACUUCCUCUAUCGAUAAUCAUCGUGCAUACCUUUUAUUUGGUCCAUAUUCACAUGGAAUGCAGAACGUUUUAGUACGAGGAUCGGGAAUUUCUAAAUUUUUAAACGAAGAGGGUAGGUUCAUAUCGAAUGUGAUUUUGGUACAUGGAAUGUGUACCAUGUUACCUGGUACGAAAUAUCAUAUCCAAAACAUGAAACGUACAAACGGAAAAGUAAGAAUAACGAUAUCCCAUUUUUUUGUGGGCAUGCUUUCUAAUUUUCAGAAAAACGUGAUUAUAGUCAAAUAUUUGAGUG